AUGUCGUGCAUUUGUCAAUAUUUUGUUCAUACCAAAGAUCGUCAGGAAACCGAAGAUCCUUUAACAGAUGCUUCAAUUAAUCAAAAAGAUGUCCUUAAUGCAGAAAAUGCUGAAAACAGCAUUGAAGCUUUAUCCAAUAACGAUGUGUCCGCUAGCGAAUUGGCGGCUGCCCGUGCAGAAAAUUGGCUGCUAAACAAAAACCUAGAAGAAGCUCGUAUCACCAUAGAAAAUCUAGAGAGUUUGAUAAAAACCAUAAUGGACAAACAGAAUCACAUGCUAACGGAAAUGUACAAUUUGAAACGUUUGAAUCAAGAGCUGGAAGAAGAGUGUCGUUUACAACGUGACUACCAUGCCAUGGAACGUAAUGCCAUGAUAAGGGAGUUGCAUGAUGUUAAAGAGUUGCUGCAGCAGCGCUCGAAACUAUUGGAGGAGUCUCUCCAAAAGAAUAACGAGUUAAGCAAUGCUGUCGAAGAUGCCAAUGAAAAGAUAUAUUUAAUGGGCGUCAAAUAUUUACGCUUAAAAAAUGCACGUUCUUAUCAAUCAUCUGAACAUUCUGAUAUCGCCCAAUCGUCUGAUGAGGAGCAAACAGAGUAAA